UAGCAGAACUCUACUGACCCAGAAGCCGGGAGGCUGAUGCACACGGAGGGCAGGCUAAAUCCAAUUAGCGAGUCGGAGCUAAGAAGAAGCCAAUUACUGGAAGUGGCAUUCACUGCCAUUGAAACGGGUUUCUGCUCGGUCUGUGACCUGCGAGGAUCAGAGGGAGAGAUGCUACCUCAGCCCAGGCUCUGCCACAGCCGGACGGAUGCUCCUGUGGGGACUGCGAGAGAUGCCCUGGGAUGGCAUGGACAACAGGAACCGUAUUGCUGAAUGCUCAAGCUCAUGACCCAACAGCAGGUGCCCAAGAUGCUGAUGUGAUGCUCAGCGCUGGUGGCCGUAGCGGAGCCGUGCUCGUUGGCUAUGGGGAAACUGCAGAGUAAAAUCGGCUUCCACACCUCCAAAUACAGGGCUGAUGGCUCUGUGGAAGAGCCAGGACCCAUUCGAGCCAUUCGGCAGCACAGCCCUGCGCACACCGGUGCCGUCACUGCUGUGGCCGCUCUUCAACCCGACCUGUGUGUGUCCGGUGGAAGGGACAAGAGCGUGGCUGUUUGCAGCUGGAGAUCCGGGGCUGUGCUGCGCCGCUUCCUCGGCCACGAGCGGGAGGUCACCAAGGUGAGCGACUGUGGACCGAGCGCAGGGGGUUCUCCUGUGCCAUCACCUGCCAGAAACUGGGGAACUGGGAAUGGUGGAGCUGCGGUUUGUCAUCUGCAGAGGGGUCACUUUGCUCCAUCAGAAAGAGAGACCAGGGUAUGAGAAUGUGUUGCGUUUUCCCAAGGUCCCAGCUGGUGUUUUGCUCUCCAGCUAAGCAGCACAGAGCGGUUGCAUCCACACCAAGCAGAGACCCAGAAGGCUUAGACAUAUGUUUAUCUUCCCCUCCAAGAGACUGUGUAGCAAACAGGGUGGAUUAGAAUGUCAAGGUUUUGAUUCGGAGAUGCUGUUUGCUUUUCUUCAGGUCUCGUUCCACUAGACUCGUCGUUACCCUACAUUAUCCUUCCCAGCCAUGCCUGGGAACAGCAGGAUUUUUUGUUUUCCUCCUGGCAUCCUGAUUACACAGCCAAACACACUGUUCAGAGAGCAACAGUGCAGGGUUUAUAGAUGUGUGCAUGGUGUGGCCAGCGCCCCUCUGGCUGGGGACAGCCCCAGAGGGUCCCCUGUGCUGUGGCUACCUAAAGGACAAAGUGGGCUUCCUUCAUCCCAGUGCUCAAAACAACUAUGUGCUGGGCUUAUCUGGGUUUUUAAAGAAGUUUUUCCCGUAAAAUUAAUGGCCUCUAAGGACAGGAUCCAACAACAGCCAUCCAGCACUCUGGUUCUGACAGGGCAGGAUUCAUGCUGGUGGGUCGCACCCCUCGCUACCCCACAUUCCCCACGGCAUGCGCGGCCACAGGGCUGCAAGGGUCACACUUGGGCUGAGUGAUUUCCCCCAGCCCCACUCUGUUGGGGUUUCCCUGUGGCCAGGAUCCUGCAGAGCAGAAGCAGAGUCACAUCUCUGUGAGCAUCGGGCAGUCUGGCACGUACGCAUCCAGCUUGGCCACACCAGAGUGUGAAGGCCAGGCUCUUCCCAGUCCUGCUUCUGGACACCUUGGGCUUUGACACGGCAGCAGGAGCGUUGCGCUCCCCCGCUGCUGGGUGGGGUGGAUAACUGCUUUCACCCAUCUUUUCCUUGGCAGAUUGCCUGUGCCCUCGACUCGAACAGAGUCUUCAGUGCAUCCCGAGACAAGACGGUGAUGAUGUGGGAGCUUCAUGGGAGUUCGGGGCCAAGCCAGCUCUUCCCAGGACAUGACCUGGUUGUUACUGGACUGGCUGUCAGCCCGGAUGCCUCCCAGCUGUGCACCGGCUCACGAGACAACACUGUGUGCAAGUGGGACAUAGAAACCGGAGAGCGUCUGGGCAGAGCUGCUAUCUCCAGGAAUCUGGUCACACAUCUCUGCUGGGUUCCUGGGGAAUCCUAUGUCAUCCAGACCUCGGAGGAUAAAACCGUCAGGGUCUGGGACAUUCGGGAGCUGCAGGUGGCACACACAUUCCCAGCCAAGCGACACAUUCAGACGUGCUGCGACGUGAGCCCGGACGGGCGGUUCUGCCUCAGCAGCAGCAGCGGCACCUCAGGGGAGGGCGGUGAGGCGACUCUGUGGGACCUACGGCAGACACGGAACCAAGUGCGUGAAUUCAAAGGGCAUUUCCAGACCACGACCUCAUGUGUCUUCCUUCCGCGGGGCCUGGUUCUCGCCCCUAGCGUUGCCACAUCCUCGUACGACAGCACGGUGAAGGUCUGGGACCGAGGCACUGGAGCCUGCCUGGCCUCCGUGUGCCUCGAGGGAUCGGGACCGCUGGCCUCGCUGGCAGUCUGUGACAGCACCACCCUGCUCUGCGCCAGCUUUAACUCCAGAAUCCACGUACUGCGGCUCAGCGAUGGUGCAGAGCCGGCACUAGAGGAGGUGGCAGUGUUUUGACUGUAACCACCUU